AUGGCGACGUACCUACUGUUGCAACGUGCACUUAGAAGAGAAAGGGUUUUCCGCGAUAGGAGUCAGCCGCUAGACUCUCUGGAUGACGUGGAUUUGAUCUCACGGUAUAGAUUUCCGAUGAGAGUUCUUUUAGAUCUAAUUGAUGCCGUUGAUGCCACAUGUAGACCGGCAACGAAUAGAUCCCACUCUAUUCCCACACAACUGCAGGUGCUAUGUACUUUGCGUUACAUAGCAAAAGCUGAUUUCUUUUCCGAAGUUGGGGACAUACAUGGGGUUUCAAAGUCGUCCCUGUCUAUAUGUAUACCAAAGGUGUGCCAUGCCCUUUGUGAGCAUUUGCAGAACAUUAAAUUCCCGUCGUCAAUAAUGUCUCUGAGGAAAAUAAAACAACAAUUUCACUCCAUAGCCCGCUUCCCCAACGUAGUAGGAGCCAUAGACGGGACGCUUAUCCCUAUCAAAGGAAUGGGUGGCGAUGAGGAGCCCAUCUAUGUAUCAAGGAAGAACUUCCAUGCCCUUAAUAUACAAGGGGUAGUGGACGCAGAGAUGAGAUUUCUUAACAUCAAUUGCCGAUUCCCAGGCAGUACGCAUGAUGCAUACAUAAUGUCAAACUCCAGCAUUCCGGAAAUCAUGGCUAACCUACCAGAAGGUGGCUGGUUGCUGGGGGACUCUGGGUAUCCCUUGAAAGAUUUCCUCAUGACACCAUUUAAUACCCCGUCUACUCAAAUGGAGAAAAGAUAUAAUCUUGCUCACUGCCGGACAAGAAAUAUCGUAGAGAGGGCAUUUGGCGUGCUCAAGUCCAGAUUUAGAUGUCUUCACAAAAGUGGAGGAUGUCUCCCAUUUACACCCGCCAAAUGUGCACUUGUCAUUGAGACAUGUUGCAGACUCCACAACAAGGCCAUUGAUGAGAAAAUCCCCCUACAGCUAGGCGGCCCGGUUGUGUUACAACACAAUAACUUUGUUCACGGAGGAGCACCUCCACAGUCAGCCAGAGACCUGAGACAACAAAUUGCAUCUAGAUUUUAA